AUGGAUCUCCAUCACGGCCCGCCUCGGAAGCGAUCCGAGUCCUUCCAUGCUACUUCUCAGGACACCGCCCAAUCUGCUGAUGCAGUGCAUGCGGAAACCAUCCCAAUGGAUAUCGACCACUCAAGGUCUGCAGCUCAUGAUUUCACUAUUCCGGUGUCUUGGUCAGGCGUUACUACAGCAGACUCGGGUGUUCUGCAUCACGAAGAGAACCACAUCUCGCCCGAGGAACGCAGGGUCGAAGUCUACACUCGCUCGGCCAUGCCAGCUCCAAACACCAAAGACACUGCCACAAAUGACUUGUUCGCUUACGGCAUGCCUAAAUUAUACGAUGAAUACCUUUGUCGCUAUGUAAAGGCCCUGGAAAAGGGCACAAAUCAGCCCCCCUUUGCUCGAACUGCCUCGAAAACGCUUUUUGUGUUCUAUUGCAACGAGUCCGUUCACGAACUAUCACUUUAUUGUGACACGUUCUUCUCCCUCAACAGAUCACAAAUGCCCCAACUUCACGCGAGAGCUGUUAUGCUUUUGGCAAAAGAGAGUUAUAUCAGAUCAGAGUCACUCAACACCUGGCAGGAGAUUGAUUAUCCUCACGGUGCCAAGACCAACGCGGAAUUCCAUUUUUACUUCUAG